AGUGAAUUGAGAAAGUAUCCAUUUUUUGACAACCGUAAACAAAAGUUUAAAGGUUUUCUUUUAUGACAGAAAAAAAUAAAUAAAGGAAGAAAAAAGGAAAGAAAGAAAAGAAAAUGGAUUUAAGGAAGAUUAAAGACGAUGAAAAGUUAAAAUUGUGCAGAUGGUAUUACAGAGGUGGAUUUUUCUUCCUGCCUUUCUUGUGGUUUGUCAAUGCUCUUUGGUUUUUUAAUGAAGCUUUUCGAAGGAGCCAUUUCGAAGAACAAAAAAUGAUCAGAACAUAUGUUAUUCGUUCUGGAAUAGGAGCUAUUAUUUGGGCUGCUGGUCUAAUAUCUUGGAUUGUAGUUUUUCAGCUGAAGAGAGCAGAAUGGGGAGAACUGGCAGAUUCCUUAUCUUUCAUAAUUCCUAUGGGCAUUCCAUAACAUUUUGUAAAUUAUGGAUCACAUAAUAUCAUAAAUUCUUGUCAUAAAUUCAUGUUUUAUGAUUUUUUUGUGCAUAUCUCUUAUACUAUUUAUUACUUUUAUUUUGAAGUAUUUUAAAAAUUUUGGAUUUUCUUAAAUAAAUUAUCAUUCUAAUCAAAAAUA